AUGGCUAGUUCAAAACGGGUCCCACAGGUGGGAAUGUUGAAGAAAGAGAGUUGCGCAGGCGCCAAGAGAAUCUCCGAGCAGGUUAUAGUGGAGAACCAGCGGGGAAUUACACUGUUUGGGUAUCCCUUUUUCUCGAGCAAGCUACUUAUUCCCAAGGUCGACCCGCCCCAAUUCCAUACAGAAAAGGACCGACAACCGAUAUCGACAGCUACUUCAAAUUACUACGGAAAUACCAACAACAAGCUUUUGUUACCAUUGAAUUUUAAGUGCUCCAUGGGGCUUACUGAGGAGGUGGGGGAAGGGUCGGCGCAGGUGGAAUGUGUAGGGGAACGAGAUGAUGAGUUUGCGUGGUUUGUAUCGAUGGACUAUCAUGGGAAUUAUGACAUUGAUGAUCAGGGGUGGUGUUACAGCUGGUCGUUUCGAAGCAAGUAUUGGAAGGGCAAAAAUGGAUUUGUACGUAAGAGAUUCUGGGUGAGGCUUCCCACGCGAAAUGGGCAGUUGGGAUACUGUGCGCAUUACCUGUUGGAGAGAGGGAAAAAGAGGUCUAUUAGAGGCCAGAGCAUGCGAAGAGGAGAAGGCGUAUGUGAGCACGAGGAUGGUAGCGAGUAUUAUUACGAUGAGGAGACGGGAGACGAUAGAUCUGCGACGAAACCGGACACAGUACCGCACACACAGCUGCCGCAGAAACAGCCGCCGCAGAUAGGGUGCUCACAGCAGAUAAAUGAAUCUAGGCUGACAGAAUAUCUAUACGACUACUAUAGUGAUCAGGAUAUGGAUGAACGUCAGCGACAGGGAAGCGAGAGCUCUUACAGCACUGAACUCUACAACCAGAUGGAGUUUUACUCAUUAUAUCAGCUGUGCGGAGACUUCGGGGUUACUGAGCAAUUACAGCAGCUAGUUUUGCAAUUGAAAAAAUUGCCCUUAGACAGGCAGAAAUUCGAACUAUUGGAUGAAUUUGUCCAAAAUAAACUAUCACCGCUCGGGCUACAAGACUUGCGGCGAAUAGUUAGUGAUCCAAAGUUAGGAUUUGCAGAACUGGUACUGCAGACAUUCCAGUUUGACGUCUCAAGGAGAAAAUUUUUAGACAAGUGGGUUUCCUCCUUACUACAAGACACGCGUCAGCAGCUGUCGCUACGUUAA